AUGACGAGGCGCUGUCGAAUCAUCGUCGCACCGACGACAUGUGCCGAAAUGCCGCAGCCUCCAAUUGGAGGCCCUGCCUGCGGGCGAGGUCGCGAGCGCGCUGCGUCUGGACAUGGAGGUGCAAGCGACAAGGCAGGCCAAAAGGGCCCUGCGCCUUGUGCAUGGCCUGCGCCCAGGGACGCCUCGGGUAGCACCGCAUGUGCUCGUCUCGAGCUGGAAAGACGCACGCGGCUCGAAGCAGAAGAAGCGAGGGUGCAAGGCUCGGUCUUUGUGCUCGACGCCAACGGCUGGAGCUCGGAAAUGGCAUGGCAUUGCAGACAUUGGAGACGAGACGAGAGAGGGCUCAUCAUUGCACAUCUCACACAUCAUCCCAUGUGGCCAGCGGCUGCUGCGGUCCCGGGAAUCGCGAAUCAAGCUAUGCCGCAUAGAGUGCUGACCGUUGAGCCGACACGCUGGGUGACGAAUCGAAUCCCAUCAUUUUCUGGGGUUCGGCAAGACAUGGGGAUGGGGAUAAAGAUAGCGACCCUCAACGGCCCAGCGCCCGCUUUGGUCGUCGAUCCAGGAGAGCCAGAUGCCAGGUUAAAGUGCCUGCGGACAUCUGACCUAAGCAGUGCCAGUGAGAGCUCGACUUUGUGUCUUUUUCGACAGGUGAUGGAAAUGUUUUCGACCUGUCAAGUAGAGCGUGUGUAG